GUUAAACAAACUAGGUCUUAGCUAACUUGAGAAGUAGCGAAAGUAGAGUCAUUUCUAUCAAGAAAUGGCGAAUCCAUGGCUUCUUCGUUCUCUUUAUUCCACAACCAAAAGAUCUGUCUCUUCUGCUUCUCGAUCAUUUCAAUAUCCUCUCAAAACAUCAUUACUUCAAAGAAUCCCAAAUUUUAGUCGUCAGUUUUCAGCAUCAGCAGCAGCAUCACCAGCUUCUACAGUAGAUGCACAUGUAAAUGUUAUAAACCCUAAUAAUAUUCGUAACGUAGCAGUGAUUGCUCAUGUUGAUCAUGGUAAAACAACUCUCAUGGAUAGGCUUCUUAGACAGUGCGGUGCUGAUAUUCCUCAUGAACGGGCUCUUGAUAAUAUUAGUCUUGAACGGGAACGUGGUAUUACCAUCUCUUCCAAGGUUACGUCCAUUUCUUGGAAGGGAAAUGAGCUCAACAUGGUUGAUACUCCUGGACAUGCAGAUUUUGGUGGUGAAGUUGAACGGGUUGUUGGCAUGGUUGAGGGAGCAAUAUUAGUGGUAGAUGCCGGCGAAGGUCCCCUUGCACAAACAAAGUUUGUUCUUGCAAAAGCUCUAAAAUACGGACUUCGUCCACUUCUCCUCCUGAACAAAGUAGAUAGACCUUCAGUUACGGAGGAGAGAUGUGAUGAAGUGGAGAGCCUAGUGUUUGAUCUUUUUGCAAACCUUGGUGCUAGUGAGGAACAACUGGAUUUCCCUGUUCUCUAUGCUUCCGCUAAGCAUGGAUGGGCUUCUUCGACAUUCACCAAGGAGCCUGCUGCAGAUUCAAAAAAUAUGUCACAAUUGCUUGAUGCCGUCGUGAAACAUGUUCUUGCCCCAAAAGCAAACCUUGACAUACCUUUCCAGAUGCUGGUUUCCAUGAUGGAGAAAGACGAUUAUCUUGGCCGAAUAUUGACUGGGCGUGUCACCUCAGGAGUCCUUCAUGUCGGAGAUAGAGUACAUGGGCUUCGUAUCACAGACUCCGGAGUUGAGAAAUUUGAGGAAGGAAAGGUAACAAAACUUAUGAAGAAGAAAGGAACAGCCAUGGUUUUGGUUGAUGGUGCAGGGGCAGGUGACAUAGUAUCUAUGACUGGGUUGGCAACUCCAUCAAUCGGCCACACAGUGGCAAGUGUGGAGGUUAUGACUGCUCUACCUACUGUGGAGUUGGAUCCCCCAACAAUUUCCAUGACUUUUGGAGUCAAUGACUCACCUUUGGCAGGUCGUGAUGGCACCCAUUUAACUGGAGGAAAAAUUGGUGACCGUCUCAUGGCAGAAGCAGAGACAAACCUUGCCAUCAAUGUUCUUCCAGCAUUGGGAGAGUCAUAUGAAGUGCAAGGAAGGGGUGAACUUCAACUAGGUAUAUUAAUUGAGAAUAUGAGGCGAGAAGGUUUUGAGCUCUCUGUUUCACCGCCUAAAGUUAUGUAUAAAACUGAGAAUGGUCAGAGGCUUGAGCCACUAGAAGAAGUCACAAUUGAGAUAAAUGAAGAACAUGUUGGUCUUGUAAUGGAAGCUUUAUCACAUAGACGUGCUGAGGUUCUUGACAUGGGUCCAGUUCCAGGACAUGUUGGCAGGACUAGAAUGUCGUUGACAUGUCCAUCAAGGGGCCUGGUUGGCUAUAGGAGUGUGUUCAGUAGUGAUACACGAGGCACUGGAUUUAUGCAUCGAGCUUUUCUUGCAUAUGAGAAGUACCGUGGUGCAUUGGGAAACGUCAGGAAAGGAGUAUUGGUGUCAAUGGGGUAUGGACCCGUCACAGCACAUGCACUCAUGAGUUUGGAAGCUCGUGGAACUCUAUUUGUAAACCCUGGCAUGGAUGCGUAUGAUGGCAUGAUUGUUGGAGAACACUCACGAGACACGGAUCUUGAUGUCAAUCCUGUUCGAGCGAAAGAAUUAAAUAACAUUCGCUCUGCUGGGAAGGAUGAGAAUGUGAAGUUGUCUCCACCUCGUCUGAUGACACUUGAAGAAGCAAUUGGUUAUGUUGCGGCUGAUGAGCUCAUUGAGGUGACACCCAAAGCAAUUAGAUUGAGGAAGAGAUACUUGGAUGCGAACAAACGUAAAAUAAUGAGGAAUAGGACCAAAGAGUUUUGAUCGAGACUGCAGUUGAUGCUGAAUCCAUCAUUAUGUUUUGGUUAGUAUAUGCCUUUAUAACCUCUUUGUGCCAAUUUCAUAUUUAUUCCCACUUCAGUUGGCUAUUGGUUAUAGUUGUAACAUUGUAUACAAAAAGUUUUGACAUUUUUUACUGUCAAACACAUAAAAUUAGAAAAGCACAAAAUUGUGUUGUAUUAGAAGAGUACAACAAUGACAUGAUUUUGAUGUUUUAUAGAAGAAUUAAACACAAUAAAACAGGAGAGUUAUUCUUGCUUGAUUAUAUAAUCUA